AUGCGGUACAUCUAGUUUGUUAAUGAGCUUUUUCCCACAAAGCAUACCUCUGUUGAGUGAUGCUCAUGACUCAAAUUCAACUCAUUUUAUAAGCUUCCGAUGAACUUUUUCUUGAGUGUUUGCAUUUGAAAAUGGUUACCAGGAAAGCUGCAAACAAUCACGUUCCUGUAAACGUUCCUUUCCUGUUAGACGAUUAUCCUCCCUUUUGUAGGCACUUCUGUGAGCAAACACUGGCGUGGGCCCGGGCCCUUGUCACGUAGCUGGUUUGGGAUAGGUCCCACACUUACGUCUGGAAUGUCAUGACAUUUGCCCACUCAGAUGCCUCGCCAUCAAUUAUUCAUGACUUGCUAAAACGAGCGUGGAAAACAACGAGAGAGUGACCUUCUCUCCCCCUGACACAAGCUCGGCAGUCACUGCCGUGCCCUAAUGGACUAUUACUGCUCGCAAAAUCAGUUAACAAUCAAAUGAUCACAGAAAUGUUCACGUUGCCAGGAUACAAAAAGCAUAAUUAAACAUGAUUAUUACCCUCUUCACAGAGAGCAGAGUAUACAAGUGUUUUCAUAAACAACAACUGAAUCUAUACACAACGCAAACUAGAAAGUCGGAUGGAGAUUGGAGAAUUUUAAAAGGAUAAGACAAAAGGGCUUUAAUUUGGCACAUCACAAACAUAGAAACUGAACAUGGGAGAUGAUUGGUCCUUCUGCAUUCUAUUGUCAUGGUGGAGUUCUCGCAUCUCACUGGUUGUGUACAUGCUCACUUGCACUUGUGCUUGUUUGCUUACUUUGUUUACUACCGAUUGUAAGGAAUGGUGCCCUCUUCUGUGGAAGAAUUUUUAGCUUAAAGGUCUGUAAAAACUGAAAUAAGCCUGGAAACAUAUAGGAACCUAGGAACCAUCCCCUCCGUUAAGAUGUCGGGGCUGGAACUCUUGGCUGAGGAACUAAAUGGAACAGUAUUAGAAAACGGGACUUUUCUGAACUUCUCCCCGACCUCUGUCUCCACGGCGGCUGCCACCUCGUGGAAUCGCCCAGAGAAUGUCUACAUUUAUGUGUCCAUCUUCCUCAGCCUGCUGGUCUUGCUGCUGAGUUUGCUCAUCAUCGCCCUCUACAGGCUGAAGAACAUCAUCUCCUCCAGCUCCUCUUACCCCGAGUAUGCCAGCGAGGGAGGCAGCACCUUCACCAACAUGGAGAUCUGCAGCCUGUCCUCACAAAGGUCAACCAUUUCCUCUCUGUCAUCCUGAAGGACUGCUAAAUGUCUGUGGACACAGAAAACAUACAUGCACACGAGGACACACACACACACACACACAUAGCCUUCACACACACAUACACACACACACACACACACACACAGAAAAGAUUUACAUUUGGGAGACAAAGGAUAUCCGGCGAUGUGGAUGGCAAAAAUAGCUUGCUUACAUCUGUUGUUCCAUAAUCCAUAUCAAUGACUCAUUCUCUAGCAAUCAACAGCCUUUGAAACUGCUGCAGAUUAAGUUAAGAGAACAGAUAGAAUAGAAUAUUGUUUUAACAGACCUUGAUUCAUAAGGGAGACAUCUAGAGUCAUCCAGUAAAGUUGUCUGCCAUCUUAGGUCAUAUAUCAGUUAAUAUAUCAGUUAAUGUCCUAUAUGUCAAUGUUAAAAGCCAGUCGAUUAACUCUUGAAGCAAAUGUGUCAUUCUUGAAAAGGUUUUGCCUGACCUCAAGGCUACAACAUUGUGAAUUUAAAAUUUCAGUUGGUUGGAAAGCAUGGCAGGAAUUAAAAAAGAAAGUGUUCUAAUCUUGGUACCAUUGAAUUAAGUAUAAUGGCCAUGAAGAUUUUUUUAAAUGCCAACCUACAAUUUGUUUUUCCUGUUAAGACACCAUAAUUAGUUCUUGGUCUUAGCUCAGGUCAUGAAUUAUCUAAGUAGAUAUUUCAUAUUUGUUCGAUAUUUGUUUUGACGAUGUUCUGGUAACUGAUGAGAUACUGUUUCUUUGCACUGACAGUUUAACGUUUGUUAGUUUUUUUCAACAGAUGAGUUAAAUGUAUUUUUGAUCAAUGGUCAUUAACAAUGCCAUUACAAAAUUUAAUACAAUGUUUCCAAUCACAAAACACUGAGAUGAUGCCUGGCUGAAAAUGUAUUUGAAUAUGGAUCUAAACUCAAGAUUUCUUCUGGGUUGAGAUAGGAAAUGACAUCAUAUAAAUAAACACAUUUGGUAUAUUUUAUAAUAUUUGAUGCCUAACAGAGAAAGGCGUCCUCUUAUGAUUUAUUGCUGUGCAUGUCCUCUUAUUUGAAACAGAAAGAAACUGAUUUUGUUACU